AUAAUCUGUGAUAAAUGAUAAUAUAUAAAGCAGUAAAGCACGGUCUUCUUUAACCGUGAUAUAAAAUAAUAUAAAUUUAAACCAUUUAAACUUUAAAGUUAAGCUUUUUGAAUUUUGAGUCGUGUGAAUAAUUUUCAAUAUUUUCGGGUGACCACGAGUUGACAACACAAAAAUGACAACCUUCUUGAAAACCUUAUUAAACAGAAGAAAAACUUCGGUGUUGUUUCCUUCUUAUUUUAAUUUAUCUACAAGAUCAUUAUGCGCCAAACCACUAAAAUCCGAAGAGAGUAAUAUCAAACAAAAUGAUUUGGCGUCUGUAACUGUUCAAGAUGAAGAACUGGAUAAAUUAUACAAGACUAUAGAAUUCGAAUGUCGUAGCAAUGAUCGUGCAGUAUUGCGUAGUUACACUCAAUUCGCAACUAUGGCUGCUAAUGAACUAGGGAUCCAAAUCGGUAAAUGCUGGUCCCCACGUAAAGCUCACCAUGAACGGUACACAUUAUUACGUUCCAUUCACGUCCAUAAAAGGUGUAGAGUACAAUAUGAAGUGAGAACGUGGUUUAGGUUCAUUCAUUUCCAUAAGCUUACUGGUUCUACUGCAGAAACCUUUUUGGAGUAUGUUCAAAGAAAUUUACCGGAAGGAGUUGCUCUUAAAGUAACCAAAGUACUUUUGGAAAAUAUUCCUGAAGGUGUUUCAUCGCAUAUGACUUCGAAAAUAGCUUAAAUGAUAUAUUAUAUCUUACUCUUAGUUGUUAAUGGUAUUUUUUUUUAUUAACACAAUUUUUAUAUAGUAAAAUUGAUGAAUAAAUUUGGCAAAUUUGAA